UACUAAAAAUUAAUUACAAAAUUAAAUUUAAAAUCUUAAAAUAAAAUACUAGCAACUAAAACUAUGAAUGAAGAAAAAUCUAAGCCAAGUACAAAUUAUUAGAUUGAGAAUUGCCAUAGUGCAUUUUUUUAUUUAAAGUGAUAGGUAGUAUCCAGAUUUUGGAUCUAGUGACAGAAACUUACAUCGUUCUAUUGAAAGUAUUCCUAUUAUUUUAAAAGAUGAAUGUUUAUUUAACUAAACGUAUGCUUUCUAAGAUGAAUAAUGUGACAUUCCCUGUCCCAAACACGAUUUCCGAGGAUAGCUGUUAUAAUGAUCAUUGGCAAAAACUUUUCGCCGACAGUAAUAUCGCACCCCGGCUUUCUAAAGACAUGAUAUGUAGAGUAUGUGCAAGAAGUGGAUGUACCCCUUUAACUGAGAGAAUAAUGGAUUAUGAAAUCAUGGAAGCUAUUUGUAGUGUUACAAAUGUUGCAAUGAGCUCUGAUGACUCAUUACCAAAAUUUAUAUGUACAGAAUGUUUGGAGUCUCUAAAAGCUGCCUUAACUUUCAAGAAGAAUUGUGAACUUGCAGAUAAAAGAUUUAAGAAAAUGUUGAAUCCCAUGGGCGACCCAUUAUUCCACUCAUAUCCAUAUUCAAAACAUGAUUUUCAAUUACUUUUACACCAUUUAAAGAAAAAACGACUGAAGCAUGAAGAAGCAAAAGAGAUUCAACGCAAGAAAAAAGAAAGAAUGCAACAAAAGAAACAGCCUAAAAGUAAAGAGAUCAAGUGCUCUUCCUGUGAUAUGGCAUUUACAUCCAAGGAUAGUUUAACAGCACACAGACAAGACAAGCAGUGUAUGUUGCGAGCUUGUGAUAUUUGUGGCCAGCUGGUAUAUAGUAUAGCAAAACACAUGCGACACAUACAUAAACAAUCUGUGACACACAAGUGUCCUACGUGUGGAAAGGAAUUUCCGAUUAUUGCCAGACUUAAAAAUCAUAUGCUCGUACACACAAAUACAUUUAACUUCUUCUGUGACCUAUGUCCAUACAAAUGUAAACAUAAGUACUACUUGGUGAUGCAUAUGCGUACGCACACUGGUGAGAAGCCCUACAAGUGUCCUGUGUGUCCCGCUACAUUUGUCAAUCCUUCCAAUUUGAACAAACAUAAGUUAACACAUCAAGAGAAACAAUUUAAGUGUGUAAUGUGCGAAAAAGCAUUCAGGACCAACGCUGCAUUGCGCGAACACCACGAAGCGACGCAUAUGAAUAUCAAACACACAUGUAAUUUCUGUGGAAGAGAUUUCUGUUACAAAUCCGAUUUACGUAAGCAUGAAAUCCGAACGCACAACCGUGUUAAACGCGACUACGUAGGCGGCGAGCCCACGUACAAGCAAGUGGAGAGGAUGCAGAAGGUGGAAGACCACGAGGCGAUAGAGAAGUGGCGGCAGCAGCAGCAGCACCUGAUCCAGCCGCAGGUGGAGACCUUCAUCGAGCAGAAGCAGGAGUUCAUGCACAACCACCCGGUGUACUUCACGGACGUCACCGGUAUCAUACAGCAGUCUGCGAUACCCCAACAACAAACAGUUCAAUUGGCUUUGCCAGAUCUAGUUAUGAAGAAGGAUGAAGUGAAGAUGUAUGAAGCGCAACAGACCAUGGGUUACUUUUGAAUCAACGACUUAACCGAGACUUAACUAUUACUAGAUAUUCUUAUAAAAUAAGUUCUGUUAAAAAUAUAAUUCACAAUUGUUUAUGAAAAUAGAUUAAAAGGAUUUUGUAGCGGUUAUUAUUUCUGUAUGUAACAUCACAACUGUUUGAACGGUGAAGGAAAACAUCGUGAGGAAACUGACAUGUCGAAGAAUCAAAAGUUCGACGACAUGUGACAUCUGCCAACCCGUACUUGGCCACCGUUAUAGUGGAUUAAAACUUCCUGGGCUGAUGAUGAUGAUGAUGAGAAGUCCCGAGAACCUUUCUCGGGAUUGUUAUUGGUCAACUUUCCCUCUAGAAAAAAUGAAAAUGGUGUUGAUUAUGUUACAAACACUAACUAUACAUUCGAUCGAAUGUAAAUCGCGGAAAACAUGUUAUUAGAAUAAUUUAUGCAAUCAUGUGGUCUAAUAUUUCUGUAACUUUCUUUUUUUUUUUUUUAAUCUUUUUUUUAUUUGGGGAUUUUUGUCCUAAAGAACGAUGACAAUCCCAUCGUACCUUAUACAAAUAUUUAACAACGAACUAUAUAAACUAUAUUUUAAAUUUAAAGUUAAAUAGCAUUCUAGCUGCAUCAGAGUGUGGUGCAGCUAGAAUGCUAUGAUAAACACCGACAUUCAUAAAAUUUAUUUUAAAUUUUGUUAUCAAUUACCUUUCUUUUAACAUCAUUCCGAACACAUUCCAUGAGGAAGUGUUGAAUAUCAUCAUAUCUAUGACACAAUUCGCAGUUGGGCGAGUCAGCUUUUUUUAAGAGAUAAGCAAAACUUCCGCACGGUACGUGUCCGGAACGAAGGUAACUUUCUUGUUUCUGUUUUCUUAUUCAGCUACUAUCAAUCAUGUAUAGGCAUAUGUUUAAAUGUAUUAGGUACUUAAUAUGGUGAGUUAAUAUGGAACUUAUAAGUUAUCAGUUUAAUAAUGACUUUUUAAUAUUCUAUCAUUCUUCAUUCUUAUUUGUCGUCAUACGUUACAUUUAUUUUAAAGGCAUUUAUUUGUUUAAAGCUACGAAGAGUUGUAGAUUUUUAUAAAAAAGCACUUAUUUUUUAUUUUGUGAAUGUAUA